AUGCACUCCCACUGUUUGUAAUACUUUUGAGAUUGCCUUUUUCUACAAAGACAUCCGCUCUUGUUCUCACCUUCCACUAUGGUCCCUCAAAUUCCAACGAACAUUCAAUUUUCAGGCAUGGAUGAGCAAACGAAGUCUAGUUUGAGGGCAAUCCCGUUGUGCAAGACGAAAGCGAGUCCAAGAGAUGGAGAUUUGUGGCUUGAAAGGCUGAAAGUAGGUUUUAAAUCGAGCAGAAUCAAAUUAUUCCUAAGUUGGCUGCAGGAAGAAUACGAAUCCAUCAUCGCCGCCGUCAAGAACAAUAAGGAGAGUGACAGAGACUGGUUCAAGUUAGUUGUCCCGUUGGAAUGCGUUCAGAAAGAUUAAUUUGAUUUUUCAGAUUGGAAUCUAACCAAACUGGUACCAAAUGGUUCGGGAAGUGUUGGUACUUCCAUAACAUGGUCAAGUACGAGUUUGACGUUGAAUUCGACAUUCCAAUCACGUAUCCGGUGACAGCUCCGGAGAUCGCCCUGCCAGAAUUGGAUGGAAAGACUGCUAAGGUUAAUAAUUUUUGUGUGCAACCAUUCGAUGGAAAAAUCAUUACAGAUGUACCGCGGUGGAAAGAUCUGCCUAUCGGAACAUUUCAAGCCCUUGUGGGCCAGAAACACACCCAAAUUCGGGAUCGCUCACGCUUUCGCCCUAGGGCUCGGACCGUGGAUGGCUGUCGAGAUCCCAGAUCUGAUCGAGAAGGGAGCUAUUCAGCCAAAGGCUUGA